GUAAUACAUCGAUCUGACUUCAUCGUUCAUACAAAACACCAUUUUAUUUAUACAAACCAUCACCACCAUCAAAAACCUCAUCAAACACCACAUCAUUCCAAGCAAAACAAAGAAAAGAAGGCAACAUGGAAACCCUCCGCACAGCCUUCGCCGACCGACCCCGCCCCCUCCUGUCCUAUGGCGUCCCCUUCGAAACCGCGGCCUCAAAACACAUCAACGACAUCUUUCACGCAUCUCGAAUCUACAUUAUCUGCUCGGGCUCACUCGCCCGAAACACAGACGUGCUGGUCCAACUAACCGCAUCCAUCGGUAAAGACAAGAUAGUGGGGACCCGGAUCGGGAUGAAGAGCCAUACAUACUGGUCCGAGAUACUAGAGAUCGUCCACGAAGCAAGGCAAACAGAGGCAGAUCUACUACUAACAGUCGGGGCAGGGAGUCUGACAGACGGAGCAAAAGUAGUAGCUGUAGCCCUAUCUAACAACGUUCAAACAACAUCCGACCUCUCCAAACUACCCUCCGGUCCCUCCCAACAACCAACCCUCCACCCCCCUCAAGUUCCCAUAAUAAGUAUCCCAACGACGCUCUCCGCCGGCGAAUACAGCAACUUCGCGGGAGCAACCAAUGACGAAACUCAGGUAAAACACGCCUUCCAGUAUCCGACCAAGGGCCCGGAGCUCGUCAUCCUGGACCCGAAAAUAACAACCACAACGCCCGAUCACAUUUGGCUAAGCACGGGGAUCCGCGCGGUCGAUCACUGCAUCGAGACGUUCGUUGCGGUGAAGAAUACGAGUGAGAAGACGGAUGGGCUUGCGUUGCAUGCGCUGGGGCUGUUGGUGCCGGGGUUGUUGAGGUGUCGGGUUGAUCGGGAGGACGUGGACGCGAGGCUGCAGUGUCAGCUGGGGUCUGUGGAUGCUAUGGCUGCUUGUACGGCUGGGGUGGAGUUGGGGGCCAGUCAUGGGAUUGGGCAUCAGUUGGGGCCCUUGGGGGUUGGGCAUGGGGAGACGAGUUGUGUGCUUUUGCCGGCGGUUUGUAAGUAUAAUGCGCGGCAUGGGGCGAAUGGGGAGCGGCAGGAGAGGGUGAAGGGAUUUCUUUUGAGGCAGGAAGCUGUUAGGGAGGUCUUGCAGAGGAGGGGGUUAGAUGGGGAGAAGGUCGACCUGGGGGAUGUGUUGGAUGCGGUGAUUAGGGAAUUGGGCAUGCCUCGGUCGUUGAAAGAUGUUGGUGUCGGACGCGAUCAGUUGGAGCAGCUGGCGGAGAAUAGUUUACAUGAUCGGUGGUGUAAGACGAAUCCCUUGCCGUUGACGGAGAAGCGCCAGGUAUUGGAGAUUCUGGAGAUGGUGGCUUAAUUUAUAUAACAUAGCUAUAUCCCUUGUAUAUAUGGGGGAGGAAACAUGGUUUUGUGUGUAUCUGCAAUAAUCUCAUUCAAUGACAUCCCUAAAGUCCGUUAUAGACGCUAUAGGCUCGUAAAAAGUAAAUCAACAAAGAUCCAUAUCAUAGACAAUCCCUGCAAUCAUCCCAGUCUACUGGAAAUAACUUCGCACUGCCGCCUGGUUAUCUGGGU